GAGGGCAGUGGGGGAGAGCUCCACCAGCCCUGCGGGGUGAACAGUCCAUCCCUGGGUCCGGAGGAGCUAAGACGCUACAGCCAGAAAACUUCCAUCUCCCUCUCCUGGCUUUGAUCCUCACCGGACAGCAGACUCCAGGCGCCGACCGACCUGAGGGAGGAUGAGAGAUGACCGGUCCUUUGGCAACCUGACCAUCUCCUCAGCAGAGCCUUCCAAAGAGAACCGGAGGCUGGCCACACGACCCAGGAGGCGCCGCGCCUCUUGUGGAUGUGUGUGUAUGAGUGAGAAAGCGGGUGUGUGCAUGUGUGAGUGAGUGAGGGUGUGUGAGGGAGUGUGUGUGUGUGAGUGAGUGUGUGCAUGCGUGUGUGUAUGUGAGUGCUUGUGGUGCGGAUGGGUGUGUGCACAGCACAAUUGCGUGUAAGCGUGUCCGGGUGAGGGUGCACUUGUGAGUGUGUUUGUGUGUGUGCUCGUGCUCUUGGCUGCUAUUAUUAUUAUUAUUUUGGAAGAAAAAUCCUGGAAAACUGGGGCAGGUUAUGGUACUCCCAGGGUGAUUUCUCCUUUUGCAAGAGGAGCUGACCGGAGGAAGCUACCAGAGCCAUUUCCCUGCCAGCAGAGAGCAUUUUCCUCCCAGAAGAAGGAUUUCUGCCCAGCUCUGUAGCCAAGUGAAAGAGCUUAGCCUUGAAACCUGUGAAAUCGACUAUCGCUGUGUGAUUACCCAGGCUUGGGAGAGGACUUGGAAAGAAAAGGAGAAAUAAAUCAAACAGCCUGUCAGUUCUUUUUGCCACGUCGGAAGAUGUCAUCUCAAACUAAGUUCAAGAAAGACAAAGAGAUCAUCGCCGAAUAUGAAGCCCAAAUAAAAGAGAUCCGCAUGCAGCUGGUGGAGCAGUUCAAAUGCCUGGAGCAGCAGUCAGAGUCGCGGCUGCAGCUGCUGCAAGACCUGCAGGAGUUCUUCCGCAGGAAAGCUGAGAUCGAGUUGGAGUAUUCCCGCAGCCUGGAGAAGCUGGCCGAGCGCUUCUCCUCCAAGAUCCGCAGCUCCCGGGAACACCAGUUCAAGAAGGAUCAAUAUCUCCUCUCGCCAGUGAACUGCUGGUAUCUGGUACUGCAUCAGACCCGGCGGGAGAGCCGAGACCAUGCCACCCUCAAUGACAUCUUCAUGAACAAUGUCAUCGUCCGCCUUUCCCAGAUCAGUGAGGAUGUCAUCAGACUCUUCAAAAAGAGCAAAGAGAUUGGCCUGCAGAUGCACGAGGAGCUGCUGAAGGUGACCAAUGAGCUCUACACAGUCAUGAAAACCUACCACAUGUACCACGCAGAGAGCAUCAGUGCAGAAAGCAAGCUGAAGGAGGCUGAGAAGCAGGAGGAGAAACAGUUCAACAAGUCAGGAGACCUCAGCAUGAACCUGCUCCGGCAUGAGGACCGGCCCCAGCGCCGCAGCUCUGUGAAGAAGAUUGAGAAGAUGAAGGAGAAGAGGCAGGCCAAAUACUCGGAGAACAAGCUCAAGUGCACGAAGGCUCGCAAUGACUACCUGCUGAAUCUGGCAGCCACCAACGCAGCUAUCAGCAAAUACUACAUCCACGAUGUUUCUGAUCUCAUUGAUUGCUGUGAUUUGGGCUUUCAUGCCAGUCUGGCCCGCACCUUUCGGACCUACCUCUCAGCAGAAUAUAACCUGGAAACCUCUCGACAUGAGGGCCUGGACGUCAUAGAGAAUGCAGUGGACAACCUGGACUCCCGGAGUGACAAGCACACGGUCAUGGACAUGUGCAGCCAGGUCUUCUGCCCGCCACUCAAGUUUGAGUUCCAGCCCCACAUGGGGGAUGAGGUGUGCCAGGUCAGUGCCCAGCAACCCGUCCAAACGGAGCUGCUUAUGCGGUACCACCAGCUGCAGUCCAGGCUGGCCACUCUCAAGAUCGAGAAUGAAGAGGUUAGGAAAACCCUAGAUGCCACUAUGCAGACCUUACAGGACAUGCUGACCGUGGAGGACUUUGAUGUCUCUGACGCCUUCCAACACAGCCGCUCUACAGAGUCUGUCAAGUCGGCUGCAUCUGAGACCUACAUGAGUAAAAUCAACAUAGCCAAAAGGAGAGCCAACCAGCAGGAAACAGAAAUGUUUUAUUUCACAAAAUUUAAAGAAUAUGUGAAUGGCAGUAACCUCAUCACCAAGUUACAAGCCAAGCAUGACUUACUCAAGCAGACACUGGGUGAAGGGGAGAGAGCAGAGUGCGGCACAACCAGAAGAGAUGGAAGGCUUAGGCUGCCCCACUUUCCUUGGCUGAGCUGUCCCCCUGCUCCCCACUUUGUGCCCCACCCAGCAUUCCCAGGAAGAAGAAAUGCUCGAACCAGGAACCAGGAUUCAGGACAAGCUAUACCACUUGUAGUGGAGAGCUGUAUCCGCUUCAUCAAUUUAUAUGGACUCCAGCAGCAGGGGAUAUUCAGAGUUCCAGGGUCUCAGGUUGAAGUCAAUGACAUCAAGAAUUCCUUUGAGAGAGGUGAAGACCCCCUUGUGGACGACCAAAAUGAGCGAGAUAUCAAUUCAGUCGCUGGUGUUUUAAAACUGUAUUUCCGAGGACUGGAAAACCCACUCUUUCCUAAGGAAAGGUUUCAAGAUUUGAUAUCUACUAUUAAACUGGAGAACCCAGCUGACAGGGUGCACCCAAUCCAGCAGAUCCUCAUCACCCUGCCCCGCGUGGUCAUCGUGGUCAUGAGAUACCUCUUUGCUUUCCUCAAUCACCUUUCCCAGUACAGUGAUGAGAACAUGAUGGAUCCCUACAACUUGGCCAUCUGCUUCGGGCCCACCCUCAUGCACAUCCCUGAUGGGCAGGACCCUGUAUCCUGCCAGGCGCAUGUCAAUGAAGUCAUCAAAACCAUCAUCAUCCACCAUGAAGCCAUCUUCCCCAGCCCGCGGGAGCUAGAGGGACCUGUGUACGAAAAAUGCAUGGCUGGAGGGGAAGAGUACUGUGACAGCCCACACAGUGAGCCAGGGACCAUUGAUGAAGUUGAUCAUGACAAUGGCACAGAGCCUCACACCAGUGAUGAAGAAGUGGAGCAGAUCGAGGCCAUCGCCAAGUUUGACUAUGUGGGGCGGUCCCCUCGUGAGCUGUCCUUCAAAAAAGGGGCCUCAUUGCUCCUGUACCACCGUGCCUCAGAGGACUGGUGGGAGGGCCGUCACAAUGGUGUGGAUGGACUCAUCCCUCAUCAGUACAUAGUUGUACAGGACAUGGACGAUGCCUUCUCCGACAGCCUGAGCCAAAAGGCUGACAGUGAGGCCAGCAGUGGGCCACUGCUCGAUGACAAGGCCUCCUCCAAGAAUGACCUCCAGUCCCCCACAGAGCACAUCUCUGAUUACGGCUUUGGGGGGGUGAUGGGCCGAGUGCGACUACGGUCUGACGGAGCGGCCAUCCCCAGGCGCCGAAGCGGGGGCGACACACACAGCCCACCCCGGGGCUUGGGUCCCAGCAUAGACACACCACCCCGUGCUGCUGCCUGUCCCAGCAGUCCCCACAAAAUCCCCCUCAGCCGGGGACGGAUUGAGAGCCCUGAGAAGAGGAGGAUGGCGACAUUCGGGAGCGCUGGCAGCAUCAACUAUCCUGACAAGAAGGCGCUGGCAGAAGGGCUCUCCAUGAGGUCAACUUGCGGCUCCACCCGGCACAGCAGCCUAGGGGACCACAAGUCCCUGGAGGCUGAGGCCCUGGCAGAAGACAUCGAGAAGACCAUGAGCACAGCUUUGCAUGAGUUGCGGGAACUUGAGAGACAGAACACAGUCAAGCAGGCGCCAGAUGUGGUGCUGGACACCCUGGAGCCCCUGAAGAAUCCACCAGGCCCUAUCAGCUCGGAGCCUGCUAGCCCCCUGCACACCAUUGUCAUCCGAGACCCUGACGCUGCCAUGCGCCGCAGCAGCAGCUCAUCCACCGAGAUGAUGACCACUUUCAAGCCUGCCCUGUCGGCUCGCUUGGCUGGUGCCCAGCUGCGUCCACCCCCAAUGCGUCCAGUCAGACCCGUGGUCCAGCACCGAUCCUCCAGCAGCAGCAGCUCGGGCGUGGGCAGCCCAGCUGUGACACCUACCGAGAAGAUGUUCCCCAAUAGCUCCUCAGACAAGUCUGGCACUAUGUGACCUGCAGGACCGGUGAUACCGCCAUGGCCUACUGCUGCACACCAUGGCCUAGGGUGGCCUUGGUGGCUUCCACUUGCUUUCCAGGAAUCUCCUGGCCUUGGAGGCAGAUCCUAGAAGGUCAGCCUGUCUGUGGAGAGCAGAGGCCCAGGUGUUAGCUACACCUCCUACUCAGCCAUGUGAAUGCCACAGACCUCUUGUGGGCAAAUAGACAUGCCGAGGAAUGCUGGAGCAAGAUCAGUCCCAAGGACAGUGUUUCCUAACAUUGAGGCAGAUGCUUACCAGCUCAAAUAUUGUCACUGGAAAAUUAUUCUCUCGAUAUUCUCUACAUACGUAUAUAUGUGUGUGUAUAUAAAUACGUGCAUAUAUACGCAUAUGUGUACGUAUGUGUCUGUAGGUGUGUGUGUAUAUAUAUUUAUGCAUCUAUAUACAUAUACUAGAGAGCUGGACAUACACACAUGCUAACUGUAUAUAGACGCUCCUUUUUUUCUUUUUAUGAAACUUAGAUUUACCUCAGACCCAUGCCACCAAACAUCUCCCACUGUUACUCGGUGGGAUUUGCAGGGACUUAUCUGGGAGAACUUAGAGGCCCCACAGUAACUGCGAACGAAGCAAUAUACCACUAACCUGCAGAGACACAAAACCAGAAACAGUCUCCAGCUGUCUCCAGAAGUCGUGGCCUUUCAGAACAGUCUGCCCCUCAAGGAAGGGUGGGGCAGGCGGUACCCCCAAGCAGGCUGCUCCUAAAGGUGGGGGACCCUUCAUAGAAAACCCUUCAUCCACCCCAGAGACCCUGCCCUGCCACCCGGAGGCCAAAGGUCAACUGCACCCUAAAAGGCACAGAGGAGGUUGGUGUGAAGACCCUUGGGUUUGUAUGCAGAAUCCGGGUGGUGAGAUGCUAUGCCCCACCAUAGCACAGAAUCCGGGUGGUAAGAUGCUAUGCCCCAUCAUAGCACAGAAUCCGGGUGGUGAGAUGCUAUGCCCCAUCAUAGCACAGCAUUACCUGUGGUUAGGGAAAAAUGAACAAAAACCCUACAAAAACCAAACAGUAGUAUGGAAUAUUUCACACCCUAGACAUGCUGUAGGGACAAAUCUGUGGUGACUAUAGAAGUUUACUUCUCUUAUCUUCACAAUAUUUAAUGGUUUUCUUCUUUUUCUACUAAUUAUGCUAUGUCAGAUUUGGAAGGAAAUGGGCAAGGAGGUGUCGAGUCACACCAUUUCUUUUGAAAUUAGGCCACAGCACACUGUGCUUCCCCACCGGAGCCUCCAGUGCCCAGGCAGCCCUUUACCUCCGUCCUAGGAGCGCUGUGCUAGGAAACACCACAGGGCAGGGUUUUAUGGAAGUGGGAGUGCUCCCCACCCUCCCUCCCUCUUCCUCCCUUUCUUCUAAAGCAGUUAAUGUAGACAAAACAUGGUGGUAGAAACGAAGCUCGUGAUCGCAAUAGGACGAAAGCCUUCCGCAUGGCUCUUUGGUUCCAUUUUACCUGCACUUUUGCUGUCUCCAUUUUCCAGAUACUUCCAGAUUUUCUGGCAAUGUGUCACGGGCAAAUCUAAUCCUGAUGGGACCAUUUCUGCUCUCCCUCCUUAUGCCAAACAAAGAAUCUCCCUGUUCUCUCUCUCUCUCUCUCUCUCUCUCUCUCUCUCUCUCUCUCUCUCUCUCUCUCUCUCUCUCUCUCUCUCUCUCUCUCUCUCACACACACACACACACACACACCUUCUGGCUGGCUCUCUGCCUGCCUCUGAGUUUUACGGUACAAAACUCAGAAUUUGAGUAACAGCUCCCACCAGAUAGGAUCUGUGUGACCCUUGGAUACAGCACUCCUGUUACCUACAGACACUUUGAAAUGCCAUCCUUGGCUUUUCUUCCCAUUGGGCUUGCUUCCACCAUCUCUUUGGUCCUCCAUUAAAAGGAAACUUCCCUCUUCCCAGGGAGGGAACCUGGUGUGGCACUGGUACUUGGGUGUGGGAAGGAUCACUUUCUGCUUUGCCUGUAGGAUCAGGGCUGGGUAGAAUGUGGAAUCAAGAAUGGGCACAAAAUGAGAAUGUCAGGGAGAGGCCGAGCCACCAUGCCUUCUUCCCUCUCAACCAUUGCUAUAAUGGGCCCUCUGUCUUUGAGCUCAUAAAUCUCCAUUUUAUAGUUGAAGAGAGUAAGGCCUGGGGAGUGGGCUGGAACCUGUGCAAGAUAUGGCAGAUGGCCUAGUGGGCUACAUCAGGUCAGGUUCUGGAAGCCCUCAUUUCCAAGUGUCUGCUAUCUCUGCUAUGCACCCAGGAGAUAAGAUGUCUCUUUUGUAUCCCAGGGCUAGCUAUCCCCAGAUUUUUAAUUCUACUUACCUCCCAGGCAAAAUGCAACAUCCGCUGCCUGAAUACUGGAUACAAGCAAAAUUGAGUUUACAAAUCCAUUCCCUGACACACCUAACACCAGUUAGGCUAUGCAGAUCUGUCUCUGCGUUGACUUAUUUCAGUUUUCCUUGCUGCCUCUCCCCAAAUGUCCCAAGAGCAGAGCCUCAGCUGUUUUCCUUAAGCAUCUAUUUUUUCCCCAUCGGCAAGUGGCUGAUGAGUUCACAUUUAGGGAAGAGCAUGCACAGAUGGCAGUCGAGUCCCCAACCCCUCCAACCCCCAAUCUGAGCUUUGAUGCAGAACAAAUGGAAAAACACUGUCCACCCCCAUUCCCAACUCACACUUCAUCUGGUCCCCUGCAUGUCUCAGCCACCCCCAGGCCCCAACUCAGUCCCAUCCGUGUCUAUCGAGUGUGAGCAUCUCCCUUCCAACUCCUGCCUGUUUUUAGUCCACUAUAUAUCGCUGUAUUUGUUAAAUGCUGGAAAGUAACUGUUAAAAUGUGAAACUGUAAUUUUUUUAAAGAAGGCUACAAUUACAUUAUUAUAGCCAAUGCCACUCACCAAAUCUUUGCACCUAGUAGAUAGAUCAAUGUAAAAACAAAUACCAGAAACCUAAUUGUACAGUGAUUGGGGUGGGGGGUGUAGUAACAUAGUUAGUAGUCCUCAAUAUAGCCAAGCGUACGAGGGGAAGUGGUGUCUACCAAUGUUCAUCACCAUUAUUGAAAGCUGUGCUGAUCAGUUAGUUGAUAACGGGCAUUUAAAAAAAUUAUUUUGGCUUCACAGAAUGAUUUCUUAACUUCCAACUCAUCCGAGAUCAAGCCUUUUGUCUUUAUGUAUAACCGGUGUUCAGUCUGUUUUAGGAAUGAACCAGCAAGAUGUUCAUUUAAUUAAAACUGACCAAAGACCAUUAAUUCCUGGUCUAGUUUCCUGGGCACUGUGUGGCCCAGCUGCCACUAAAGACCUUUCUCCGAUCAAUUUGAGAACAAGCUGUGCUUCCGACCCCACUCGCCCUCCCUGCCCUCCCUUCUCUUUUCCUCGUCGAGCUGCUCUGAGCUGUGGAUCCUGUGAACAACUGUCGUCUUUCCUUGUUUUCAGUGCUAACUUUUCACCUUGAAGCGCCUUUUGAACCCCGGACAGAGCACACAGCUGGAGGGAAUUGUGGGCUUGGGAGUUAAGACUAGAGAGUCUUUUCUCUGAAGUCACUAAACCAGGGGUCAGGAGAGAAAUGGAUUCCCAAGGAACAGAAAGGUUUAUGUCUAGAGAAGAAAUCAAAUUGGAGUGGGAAGAGACACAGGGAAAUGGAGCCAUCCAUUGGCUACUGGCUGGAACCAGCAGUUCAGAGAUCUGCCUUAUAAACACUUAAAACACUUGUGGUACACAAGGAGGGGGAGCUGGUGGGAGAGAAACCUGUACACGGGGCUCCCUUCUUUGGCACCUUCUGGAGUGCCUUGUUGGGUGCAUUCCUUUCUUAUUCAGGAGUCAUGGAUGCAGAGGACAUCUCGUGACCUGGUACCUGGUCAUCGUUGAGUGGCCAGUGCACAUACAUUCGAAACAAUUGAUGGAAAACCCUGAGGACUCACACAAUGACCUCCCUCUUAAGCCUCUCUAUGUCCAACUUCUUAUCUUCCAGAUGGCUCCACACUAGAGCAAAGGCCUCGUUCUCUUGAGAAACCCAGAAAGGAGUGGAGGGGGCUGGUGCUUCUAGCUGUGAUAAUGAGUCCUACUGGGCUGGAAGGGAAAGGAGUGACAGGGAGAAAAGCAGGAAGGGGUGAGCUGAGACGUCGCUUAGCUGAUUUUCUCCUGUGUUAAUGCGGACAGUGUAGGUCAACUUCCCCGGUUCUCUGGGGUCUCUUCUCCACUGAGCUGGAUUGCAAGUGGAGAGUUCCACGUACUCAAAGCUGCCCAGGGAAACUGCCAGAAGGACUCCACUGUCAGUCUGAGACCUCCUGGCCUCUCUGAGGUUGAUCUGCCAGCAUUCUAUUGUCCCAUCAUCUGGGACUGGCCAAGCGGCCAUUGCUGCCCCUUGUUGACACCUCCUUUCUGUGUGAACUGUCCCAGGCAAAUCACAAAGCUGUUCCUUGAAGUGGAACCGCCAGAGUGCACUUUCCUUCCCUAGAUGGAAGUGGGUCGAGGCUAGCUCUGCUGUCCAGGCCCUCAUUCCAGGCAGUGUGACUGUUUACAUGGUUUGGCAAUAGGUUUGCUUCUGAUUGCUUCAGAGUGGCUGGUCUAUUUUGUUUUCUUUGCUUUUCUUCUCCCCUCAAAUUGUGACAGGAAAAAAAACUGAAACCACCCCAAGAAAUUGCUGGUUACCUGUCCCCAUGUGAUGCUGUGUUGCCCUCUUCUGGGUAUCAUUUCUCUACCUUAUGACCAAAUGCCCGUCCUAUAGAGUGUCUGAUUGGAUCCUCUGUUGCGUAUUCUGAUGGUGCCUGCUGGUUUGAUGUGGAGCUAUCCUGUGAAAUAAAACAGCUUAACUUCUUUUCUCAAA